GGCCGAUGAUCACGUGGAGACGGACUGUCCUKGCCUCAGGCGAGCAAUAGAAGAAGGACUUGUUGUACUUGAUGAUCGCAAAUACGUCAAGUGGGCAGAUAAUCUUGGGGACGUGUCAAUGUUCCCUUCGAUGAAGGAGAACGUUGAGGCCAGGCGUGUACGACCAAGUAAGGGUAAAGAGGUGGCAAGGAGCCAGAGUGUGCGAUUUAGUUUGCCUUCGGAUAAUGGGGCGCCGACGACACCUAUACGGGUAGCGACGACUAAGUCUGCAAGGACGUCGUCCUCUAAGAAGGCUGACACGGAUUACGUGAUGCCAGAGAAGGAUGAGCAGAGGAUUGAAAGAGAGGAAGUUGUACUUUCGCCGCGUAAGCGUGGGGCCCGGAAGUUUACUAUGAAGAGCACCUUGAACGAUAUCGAUACAGUAGAGCCUCUCAGAYGCGCGCUUAGGCAACCAAUGAAGUGCACGACACUUGAGUACUUGGCGGCUUUGAGACCCGCGCGGGAUGAGCUACAGAUGAUCACGCGCAAGACGAGUAUUCCUCUGGGAGACGAAGUCCAGAUAACUUUCAAAUCGGAGGUACCCUCGGUGGCGGUAUCGAGGGUGUGCACGAAGACAGAGCGCGCAACAACAGUGUAUUUAAAUGGAAUGGAAGGUGUGCCUCCUGACAAGUUUUACAUAUUAGGGAGUGGGACAGUAGAGACCAUUCUCAACGACGACGUCGUCCUCCAUGCGGUGAUUGACAAUGGCAGCGAAGCUGUCAUCAUAGAUGAGGAGCUCGUUGUGCGAUUAGGGUUGGACCUCGACAGGUCUUACCUGUUCAAGAUAGAGACAGUCGAUGAAAGAAAGCAGAAGAUCUCCGGGGUCUGUCACAAGGCGUCCAUUGAGGUCGAAGGAUUGCGCGUGUUGAUGUCUUAUAGGUAGUCAAUGAACCUGUCUCCCUACCAUAUGAGAGGAGAGACAGGUUCAUCAUCUCGCACCAGUCUUU